UUUGAGAUGAGAUCUAUUAACGUAGUCGCCAAUCUGACGGCCAAAGAUUUAAAUGAAUUUAAAAUCGCCGAUAUUGUCAAUCUUUAUGUCCCGCCCAUAAUUGUUAUUGUGGGAAACAUCUGUAAUAUUCUUGCCAUUCUAGUUAUGAGAAGUCCGCACUUCCGGUGCCUUUCCACCUCUGUGUAUAUGAUUGCGUGUGCCGUCAACGAUGCCGUUAGUCUUAUUAUUUCUCUUACAGCCCAUUGGGUCGGAGUUAACUUCCCCGAUGCCAUUAUUCGAAAUGAUUAUUCUCAUUAUAUGUGUAAAUUUUUUAACUUUUAUGGAUGGGGGAAUUGUGAUUAUACCAUCUUGCUAACAGCGGCCAUGACGGCAGAUAGAGCGUACGCCAUUAUGAAACCCCUGAAGGCGUCAACUAUGAAUUUGGUGAAACGCGCCAAAAUAAUUGUCACCUUGUUGAUUGUGAUCGUUGUUAUCAAAGAAUUCCAUUUUUUGUUCUCGUCCGACCUUGUUCCACCCGAGAGAACGGAAAGAUUGUGUUCCGUCGUAGCGCCAACCGACGCUUACGAGUAUUUUUAUCAUAAGGUGUGGCCAGGCAUCCAUCUUUCAUUUCUAACCGUAUGUUUCAUCAUCAUUAUCAGUAGUAAUAUCAUCAUUAUCCGUAAUGUCCGACGAUCCGCCAAUAUGUCUGACUUCAAAAACCGGAAACUCAGCACCGGAAAUUUAUCCUUAACCGGAAAUGAAUUCAAUUCUAGUAACCAGUCCGCACAGGGAAGAUGGCGGCAAAUGACUACGAUGUUGUUAGCCGAGUCAUUUGCCUUAAUUCUGUUAACGUAUCCGUUCUCUAUGCACUUAUCCGUGAUCGCAAACAUUCCAGACGUUUAUACGGAUCCAGUGAAAAACGCCGCCAACCAGCUGAGUUUCUCUGUUGUGUUCUAUUUGUUGUAUUCCAAUAAAUGUGUUAAUUUUUGUCUUUACUGUGUCACGGGGUCCCGGUUUAGACUCGCUCUUCGGGAGAUCCUAAGCUGCAAAUCGAUUUCGAUUUUUUUUAAAUCUCUCCGUUCAACAGACAGAUUUUCUUUAUCUGGUUCCCAGACCGCCAUCUCCAUGAUAUCAGCUGCCAGCUUAGAACAGCGAAGACCAUCUACGAUAUCAAUUACACCUACUUAAAUUAACUGCGUGUACGUGUGAGGAAUAAUAAUAUAUGUCUCUUACGACCGGUGACAAUCAAUAUCACGUUCGGUAAAACAACUGGACAUUAAGACAUAAGGACUCAAAUAUCCAAGACAAAUUUUCAGGAUCCUGCAAAACCAGUACGAUAUGGACCAGAAAUAAGUCAUUACGUCAUCGCCGCCAUCUUGGAAUUUUGAUGUCACGUCAAUCGUUACGCAGUUAUCCAGGCAGAAACAUGCCAAGUAAAUGUCGAUCAAGACUUGAAUAGACGGAACCAUAAGCGUUUUUUGAUAAGCGCCGCCCGCAAGAUCAACAAGAUGGCCAGCGUCUGGGAGCCAUUUUUUUCUGGCCCGACCGAGACAGUGGUGUGUAUA